AUGGGGAGACACACAGAUUCCCAACUCGAUUCGUUGGUAGGCCUGAUAUCUGAGUGCGAAUCUCUCAAGUAUAUAGUGGUGAAGCGAAGGCCUUCCGCGGUUGACGAGGACACGCAAGACAGCGUUUUCCUCGCACCCACUGGCCGUCUGCUGCAGGAGCUCAACUUAAACAAAUUUCGAAGAGAGUGCAAGGAAGCGUUUGGAUUGCAGCCCCCAGGUUCUCGCUUAGUCCCGCCAGACAGGGAUUAG